AUGGCCUCAACAACUCUUGCAAUGAAACUCUUCUCACUGCUAAUUUCUUUAUUUGUUAUUGUCCAAAUGGCAGUAGCUGGAGAUCCGGACAUCCUCUCUGACUUUAUAGUCCCUCCAAAUGUUACAGUUGAUGGAAAUUUCUUCACAUUUACUGGCAUGCGUUUCCUUGUUGGGGUAGGUCCUUCCACAACUUUUAAGGCUUCAAAAGCAAGCUUGGCUGAAUUCCCGGCUCUUAACGGGCAGAGUGUUUCUAUUGAUGUUCUUGAAUUUCCGGCUGGCUCUACUAGCCCACCCCACACCCGCGUUCGCGCUAGUGGACUCCUUUUCUUGAUUGCUGGUUCCCUUGAAGUGGGGUUCGUUGAUACGACCAACAAAUUGUUUACUCAAACACUACAACCGGGUGAUAUGUUUGUGUUUCCAAAGGGACUUUUACACUUCCAAUACAACGCUGGUACGGCACCUGCUAUAGCAAUUGCAGCUUUUGGGAGUGCAAACGCUGGACUUGUUUCACUUCCCAACACUUUGUUCACCACCGACAUUGAUGACAAUGUCUUAGCAUUAUCCUUCAAGACCGAUGUUGCCACCAUUCAACGUCUUAAGGCUGGUCUUGCUCCCAAGCGCUAA